UAAAGUGUCAUUUUUGGUCAGGAUGUCUAAAGGAUGACACUGUUCAUAGUUCCGGUAUGAUCCUGUCACAGACAAGCAAAAUUGGUAGUCCUGGACAGUGCUUCAGUGCAUGUGGAUUUGGAUCAUUCAUCGGAAUUUCUGAAAAUGAGUGCAUAUGCUUAAAAGAAGGCCAUACUUUGAACAGUCUGCGAUCAAACUAUACGGAGUGCACCGCAGACUGUGAUCAUCAGCCAGGAGUAGCAUGUGGAGGACUAACAGAAAAUGGAACUCGUUUUAUAUCGGUUUAUAAUUUGAAUCCUAACGUGACAAUACAUGCCAAUAACAGUGAAACAGAAAUGUCCUGUCUACAACUUGAACCGAUCAAACAGCAAUUUUCAUGGAAAAACUGUUCAACAGAUCUUGUCGUUGUGUGUGGUUUUGGCGAUGAAUAUGUAAAAACGUCUUCAGACGGGGAGAACAGAACCUGGAUUAGGAAUGCAAACAAAUGUUUUUCUCAUGGAGGCUUUCCGAUUCGUUUCCGAAACUACAGUGAUGCUGAAUUUAAUUCUACAUCCCAGACUCAAAUGUGGACCAAUGUAAUCAGAAGUUCUGUUAUCAGUUCUGAAAAGCAAAGCAUUAAACUAAAAGCGUUAGGUGAUGUCAGAAUGCGUUAUGGAUUUGUACGGAAGCAAAAUGAGUACUUAUUACUUGACUUUGCAAAAAACAAUUUUGAGCGUAAAAGAGUUGUAUGUGACAGUGACGAAGAUCAAGACAAAUCCCAAGAAAAUCAAAGUAGAUCUUCAUUUUCAGAUAUCAUUGUGCCUGUAGGUGUUUCUUCUGCUGUGGUUUUGGUGACUGCUGCAGUUGUGAUUUUCUUUGUUGUUCACAGGCAGAGGGGGACAGCUAUAGCACUAUGCAGACGUAAGAACGUGACGAAGAGCUCGGAUCAUUAUCAUUCUUAUAGUCAAACAUUUGAACCUUCUGGACGACUUGAAACCGACAAUCAUGCAUACGAAAGCAUUGAUGAAAUAGUUCGUCAUAAAGAGUCCGAACAGAAUGCUGCAAACCAAACAAGCAAUAGCAAUUACAUACACAAUUAUUUUGUGCUGGAGAAACGCGAAAAGGAAUCUAAAGUUUCAGCAUAUGACACAAUUAGGUCUGAUCAAGAAAUCUCUGCAGCAAAAGGUACCAAUGUCUAUAACAGGUUAAACUCUGACAAAACAUAUGACCAUGUGUUUACAGCGAAACGUAAUGUGAUGAAUACCUGCGAUAACCCAUAUAACACAACAGAGAAAGCUGCUGUACGGCAUUCAUGUAAGAGUAUCAGUGAUAAACAAGCAGAUGGCAAUGGCAUGAAGGAUGAAGAUACGCUCAAUUGUACAGAGAGCGAGUCGAAAAAUACUUUGGCAGUACCAGUUGUUAUUCAAGGAGAUUUACUACCUGAAUAGCGAUCUUGGUCUGUACUGCCUGCAAAAGCAGAAGCAUUUGCCGCCAGCAGGCUAAAAGUUUUUUGAAGCAUGUAUUUAACGAAAUGAUAAGUUUGAAUAUGAAAGAAUGUAUAUUUCUGCAUCUUGAAAUGUGUUAUCGCUCUUAAAUAGAACCUUGAACCGAAAUUAAAUGGCAUGCCAUAUACUUACGAACAACAGAUACUCAAAAUUAUCCAGAUGAAGCCGCAAAAAAUGUAGAUGUUGCAAAGUAGUUGAUUGAUAGGCUAUGAGUUAUGUGUAAAUCUAGUUCAGAAAUACAACCGAUAGUUCACCAGUAUAUACAACAAUGGAAAUCCUUCACUGCACUCGUUUCCUUCUUGUCUUUAAGCAUUAUUAUUGUAGAGAAUGUACGUAAACACAAAUUAUUGACGGAUGAUAAAUUUAUGACAAAAUCUUAGUUUAACAUUCAGGAGAAUAGAAUACUUCCAAAUGUCGAAACAAUUACGACACUUUCAUCACGUCCCAACAUAGCGGUAACAAAACCUUCGCCAACAGCAGACUCUUCUUCAAAAAGAUUAAUUAUGUUGACCAAUAAGGUUGCUGCAGAACGGGUUUAUAGAAGAGUAUUCCUCCAAGAAUCUGUAUGUCAAAUUUUCAAAGUGUUCAAAAGAAAAUAUUGUUUAAACCAAAAUGAACAGUAUCUUAAGCGUAAGCUAAAUAAUAAUUAACUAAAUUCCUACCAUGAUAUCAGUACCACAAACAGAGUUAACAGAUCCUGUGUCUAAUUUACAGACUCUGCAUGUGUUUUAUAUAUAACGGCAUACUUCCAAAAAUACUCAAACAAAACAUGUCUAUACUUAUAAGUGAAAUAACAUUACAUUUGAAAAAAGUCAUAAAUCUAAAGGCUUUACAUCACAUUUCUUCAAAAAAAUAAUGAUUGUAAUUCUCCUAAGUUAUUAGAUCAAACAAUUAUUAUAGUUAAAGUGCCUUUCUAAAAUUAACACGUCUUGGGGAAUAAAAGAGAGCCAGUUUUACGUA